ACAAAUCCCGCACUUUCUUUUCUUUCAAUUUCUCUCCCGCACUUACCGUUGGAAAAUUCCAAGCACAGCUCAUCGCUCCCCUGCAAUCGAUCCCCGCUGCGAGCUGGCUACCGUUACAAAGUCCCGCAAUUUCUUUUCUUUCAAUUUCUCUCCCGCACUUACCGUUGGAAAAAUCCAGGCCCUGCUCAUCGCUCCCCGCAAUCUCUCUCUCGCUCCCCUGCAAUCGAUCCCCCGCAAUCGAUCCCCGCAAUCGAUCCCCGCUGCGAGCUGGCUACCGUUACAAAGUCCCGCAAUUUCUUUUCUUUCAAUUUCUCUCCCGCACUUACCGUUGGAAAAAUCCAGGCCCUGCUCAUCGCUCCCCGCAAUCUCUCUCCCUCUCUCCCCUGCAAUCGAUCCCCCGCAAUCGAUCAUCGAUGGCUGACCCCCUUUCGGUUCUCCUCCUUGCACGCCUCUCCAGAGGGUCUUUGAAUUCUUGCCCUCAACAGGUGCAGUUUCUUCAGAGAUGGGAAAAUUUGGACAGAUUCAUUCCAAACAGAUCAGCAAUGGACUUCGACUUUGCCCAUUACAUGUUGACUAAAAGGGGGAAAGGCAAAGAGAACCAAAGUGAUGUCAGGUCUCAAUCCAAAGAGGCCUACUUGAAACUACUGGCUGAGACAUUCAACAUGAAUCGCUCUCGCAUCCUCGCCUUUAAGAACAAACCACCUACUCCAGUAAAAUUGAUACCAGAUGAAUUCUAUUCUUCUGUUCAUCAAUCCAAGCCCUCAAAGCCUGUGCGACGUAUUCCCCAGACUCCUGAGAGGACAUUGGAUGCUCCUAAUAUUAUAGAUGAUUUUUGCUUGAACUUAAUGGAUUGGGGUAGCAGCAAUGUCCUUGCACUUGCUCUUCAAAACACCGUAUAUUUGUGGGAUGCUUCAAAUGGUUCUGCCUCAGAGCUUGUCACUGUUGAUGAUGAGAAUGGCCCUGUUACAAGUGUGAGUUGGGCUGCUGAUGGACAAUAUAUUGCCAUUGGCUUGAACAGUUCUGAUGUUCAGCUAUGGGAUUCUACAACUAAUCGACUGCUGAGGACUCUGAGAGGUGGCCACCAAUCACGAGUUGGUUCUCUAGAUUGGAAAAACCACAUCCUUACAACGGGGGGAAUGGAUGGUCAGAUCAUUAACAAUGAUGUGAGAGUGCACUCGCACAUUGUGGCAACUUUUAGAGGACACCGGCAAGAGGUUUGUGGACUGAAAUGGUCUACCUCUGGCCAACAGUUAGCGAGUGGAGGAAAUGAUAAUUUACUCUACAUAUGGGAUAGGUCGAUGGCCUCUAUGCAUUCACGUUCUCAGUGGCUUCACAGGCUUGAGGAUCACACUGCUGCAGUAAAAGCGCUUGCUUGGUGCCCUUUUCAGCGCAAUUUGCUGGCGUCUGGAGGAGGUGGGAGUGAUAGUUGCAUAAAGUUUUGGAACACCCACACUGGUGCAUGCUUGAACUCAGUGGACACUGGCUCACAAGUCUGUGCUCUGCUGUGGAACAAGAACGAGCGUGAGUUGCUUAGCUCCCACGGCUUUAUGCAGAAUCAAAUGACCCUCUGGAUGUAUCCAUCAAUGGUGAAGAUUGCUGAGCUUACUGGUCAUACAUCCAGAGUUCUUUUCAUGGCUCAGAGUCCAGAUGGACGUACAGUGGCAACUGCUGCAGGAGAUGAGACUCUCAAGUUUUGGAAUGCUUUUGGCACGCCAGAAGUGAAAAAAGCUUCACCAAAAGCAGAGCAUCCUGGGCCAUUUCCUCAUAUAAGGCGAAUCCGUUAGGGUUUUGUUUGGGUAUUAGGAAGUAUCAGGGAAAGAAGAAAAUAUGUUUUUAAGCUCGAUAAAAUCUCUCCAUAUUCUUUCAACUUAAAUUACCAAUUUUCAUCAUAUGAGAUUUUGUUUCACAUUUUUUUUAUUGGAAUUUUCUUUCACAUUUUUCAUCCAAGCCAAACACAAAAAUGUGAUUUUUCUUUUUUCCUUAGCACUUUCUUGAAAUAGGAGGUUUCCCUAAUUUUGAUUUUUGAGUCUCUUUCUUUGUUCUCCUACUUUAUUUCUAAAUUAGGGUUUGUUAAACAAAUUUUUUUAAUUGAUUUUUUUGUUUUAUUUGUUUUCCUUUGAUUUGUAAUAGGGUUUUUGAUUUUUGAUACAAUUGUUUUGAUUUUUGAAACUGGGGGUGCAUGGGUGGGGUGGGCUGAUUCCCUAAAUUUGAUUUUGGAGUUUAGCGUUUUUCUUUUUCAAUUUUAUUUGUGAAUUAGGGUUUUGAUAAAUAGAUUUUUGUAACAAAUAAAAAACAAAUUUUUGGAAUGGGGGCAUUUUUUUUUUAUGAUAUUUAUUUGUUCUUGGUUUGAUCUCCAAAACAAUUGUUCUGAUUUCUGAAUAAUCUUUCAGAUUCUUUCCAAGAAUGGGAAAAUUGGCAGUGGAGCAGGAAUGGCUGAGAUAGUGAAGCCUUGCAUAGACACAUGAGAGUACUAUAUGGUCGUUCUCCAGAACUCUCUUGAAGUCCUCAUCAACGAUACUGAUAUCGAAUGGGAAAAUUGGCAAUGGAGAAGGAACAGGUUGAGAUAGUGAAGCCUUGCGUAGACACAUGAGAGUAAAGAAUAGUCGUUCUCCAGAACUCUCUUGAAGUCCUCCUCAGCAACGAUACUGAUAUUGGUUGGUGUACCCAGAAGAAAACACGAAACUGCAGAGAAUUGAUAUGGUUUCGACUUAGUCUAUGGAGCUUUGGGUUGCUUCUCAGAACAAGACCAUGAAGGCUGAUGAUCCUCCCCCUCAACUGGCUUGCCUGAUCAGGGGACUUGGUUGUAGUAGAAUGGUGUAAAUUCAGGGUUCCUAUCCCUGUUCUUCCUAUAGGUGAUUCUUUUUGAGGGCAUGUUGAUUGGCUUGGCCCCAUGACUCAUAUCUAGAUCAUGGUUUGGUAUGGUGGAGGAUGUUGCUUCUUUAGGUUUAUUGGUGACUUCUAACGUAACACAAUGAAACUUCCUUUUUUUAUUUUUA